UUUUUAUCAUUCGGCUUUUUGUGUGGCCUUGGCUAAAUUCCUCUCUCUCUCUCUCUCUCUCUCUCUCUAGAUUUUAUCUUCAUCUUCUUCGUUCAAUUCAUCGCUUGCUAACGCUUCGCCUAUCGUCGACAAACCCUAGCUUCUACUGUCCUCCUCCUUCGAUGCUUUCUUCCUUUCAAUGAGAUUGCUCUGCUCCAAUGCUUCGCAAUUGAGAUGGCUUCUGCUCCUUCAAUGUCAGUUUCUGUGGAAUGCGCGAACGUGUGUAAGUCUUGGAAAGGAGAGGGGAGUGGUAGAUACGACUGUAGUGUCCUCUCUUGCGCUUGGAAGGCUCCAAGGGCUUUGACGGGGUUUCUUGCCAGCACUGCCCAAUCUCAUCCUCCUCUAUGUUCAGCGGCCUCGCCUUACGGACGAACUGGGAGAAGGAAUCGCGCCAGAUGUAGAUGUGAAUUGUCUGAUGUGGGAGGCUGCUACAGCAAUGAACCUUUUGAAUUUUCCCUUCCAAUAAGGCUCUUAAAAUCAAGUUUGUCUGACAUUAGUUACAAAAAAUGGAGAUUCUAUUGUUCUUCAUCCUCUUCUUCAGCAUCCAAUCAUGAAGUUUCUCCUGAAGAUUUGUGGGAGGAUCUUAGACAUACUAUUUCAUAUCUCUCGCCUAAAGAGUUGGAACUGGUGCAUAAUGCUCUAAAUCUAGCUUUUGAGGCACAUGAUGGUCAAAAAAGGAGAAGUGGCGAGCCCUUUAUCAUUCAUCCUGUUGAAGUUGCUCGAAUUCUGGGAGAGCUUGAAUUGGAUUGGGAAUCAAUUGCUGCUGGUUUAUUGCAUGAUACGGUUGAGGAUACAAAUGUUGUUACUUUUGAAAGAAUAGAGAAAGAAUUUGGUCCUACUGUUCGCCGCAUUGUAGAAGGAGAGACAAAGGUUUCCAAACUGGGAAAACUCAAGUAUAAGAAUGAAAACCAUUCCAUACAAGAUGUUAAAGCAGAUGACCUCCGUCAGAUGUUCCUAGCCAUGACAGAGGAGGUCCGUGUUAUCAUUGUCAAAUUAGCUGAUAGGUUGCAUAAUAUGCGUACUCUUUCACACAUGCCUCCACAUAAGCAGUCCAGCAUCGCUAUGGAGACACUGCAAGUCUUUGCACCUUUAGCAAAGUUACUGGGGAUGUACCAAAUUAAGUCUGAACUUGAAAACCUAUCCUUCAUGUAUACAAAUGCUCAAGAUUAUGCUAAAGUAAGGAGAAGAGUUGCAGAUCUCCAUAAGGAGCAUGAGAAGGAACUGAUAGAGGCCAAAAAGAUUUUGAUGAAGAAGGUUGAGGGUGAUCAGUUCUUAGAGCUUAUGACUGUGAAAGUUGAAGUUCGAUCUAUAUAUAAAGAUCCUUACAGUAUCUACAAAGCUGUACUUAAAACAAAAAGUUCAAUAAAUCAAGUCAACCAAAUUGCACAGCUUCGGAUCAUUAUAAAACCAAAGCCUUGUAUUGGAGUCGGGCCUUUGUGCAAUGCACAGCAGAUCUGUUACCAUGUUCUUGGGCUAGUACAUGGAAUUUGGACUCCUAUUCCUCGAUCUAUGAAAGAUUAUAUUGCAACUCCAAAACCAAAUGGCUACCAGAGUCUUCAUACAACAGUAAUUCCAUUUCUGUACGAAAGCAUGUUCCGGGUUGAAGUUCAGAUUAGAACUGAAGAGAUGGAUCUCAUAGCUGAAAGGGGAAUUGCUGCUCAUUAUAGUGGGAAAGGUUUUGUUACUGGUUUGGUUGGACAUGCAAUGCCCAAUGGUAGAAGUUCAAGAGGGAAAACGGUCUGUCUUACUAAUGCAAACAUUGCCCUCAGGAUUGGUUGGCUAAAUGCAAUCAGAGAAUGGCAAGAAGAAUUUGUUGGGAAUAUGAGUUCUAGAGAAUUUGUGGACACCAUCACCAGAGAUCUUUUAGGUAGCCGUGUCUUUGUAUUUACACCAAGGGGAGAGAUUAAAAAUUUGCCCAAGGGAGCUACAGUUAUUGACUAUGCUUAUAUGAUACACACAGAAAUUGGCAACAAGAUGGUGGCUGCAAAGGUCAAUGGUAAUCUUGUUCCUCCCUCGCAUGUACUUGUAAAUGCCGAAGUUGUGGAGAUAAUAACCUAUAAUGCUCUCUCAAGCAAAUCAGCAUUCCAGAGGCAUAAACAGUGGUUGCAGCAUGCAAAAACACGUAGUGCCAGGCACAAAAUUAUGAAAUUCUUGAGAGAACAAGCUGCAUUGUCAGCAACUGAAAUAACAGCUGAGAAAGUAAAUGAAUUUGUUGCUGAUCCCAAAGACAAAAGCUACGCAGAACAGCUCACAGAUUACUCUAAAGGAAGCAAAUACACAUGGGAGAAGAUUCUAAUGAAUGUUGUGGACAUGUCAUCUUCAAAGAUCAGUGGUGAAGAUAUUUUCCAACUCCACCCCAGUGGCGUCCAGGUCCCCAAGGUCAAUGGGAAACAUAAUAAGAAUGUGAAGAACUUGAGUUUGGAAGGGCAAGGAGAGAUGCUUUCUCAGGGAAAUGGUGUUGCCAAGAUGAUACUUGCUAAUAUUCCCAUGUACAAGGAGGUUUUGCCUGGUCUGGAAGGCUGGCAAGCUAGCAAAGUUACUUCCUGGCACAACCUUGAAGGGCACUCUAUCCAGUGGUUUUGUGUUGUCUGUAUAGAUCGCAGAGGUAUGAUGGCUGAUAUAACAACGGCAAUGGCAGAAGUAGGCAUUACCAUAUGCGCUUGUGUGACUGAGAUGGAUAGAGGAAGGGGCAUAGCAGUGAUGCUUUUUCAUGUUGAAGGAAGUCUGGACAGCUUGGUUAGUGCUUGUUCACGGGUGGAUCUAAUCUUUGGUGUUUUGGGAUGGUCUACGGGUUGCAGCUGGCCUUGCUCAAUUGAGGACCAAGAGUUUCUUGAAUGCUAAUACAAUUAGCUUUCAUUAACCCAGCUAGCAGAGGCUUGGGUAUGAAGUUUUGUCCUGUAAAAAGACCUGGUAAAUGGGUUUGUAGUAGUUUCUUUAGGGGUACCUAGUUUAAGUUUCUUGUAUAUUUGUUGGAAACUCGUAAAGAAUAAACCAGUGGGUGCUAAUUUCAGCAUCUGGAAUGAGGAUAUUGUAUAUAGAGAGAGGAGUAAACAGUUAAAUAUACAUGUAGAGAUAAUUGCUAGAAA